UUCAUUCAUUCAUUUCGAAGAGAGCGUCAACAUUUGCUGCACACCAGCAUCGCGCGGUAGCAAAAAUGCGAGGUGCAAAAAUUAUUGAUAACUUCGUGGAAUAAUAAAAUUUUGUGAGUUUAGAAAUAAGUGAAAACGGUAUUUCCGUAUCCGUGCGCGUCGACUUUAGUCGCGGGAAUUGGGUUCGCGUGAGUUGAGACCAGUGAAAAAGUGCCGUGAAGAUAGCGUUGGGGCGCAACAGCAAAAUAGAUACACUUUCUCGGGUGGUAUUUUUUUUUAUCCGCAUCUACUACGCCCCCCGCACCGUCGUCAGCACAUAAUUGUUGUACUUUUAUAUCUACGCAAUAUGGGAAUAAUCAUUUCAAUUUUGUCAAGAAAGUGGGAAAUUCCGUCUGGAAAGUGAAGCACCAUCCCAUACGUGGACGCAAACAAUCAACUUAUUGGCUUGACUCCGGAAAGGUGCCCCCCAAUAAACCUCUAGGAAGGUCUGCCUCUACACGUAAAAUAUCUAUAGGAGGAAAACAAAACUACGCCUUUACUACUCCGGGACGUAUUCUGCUCGAAUCGAGCGUAAGGAGUUUAUCUGGAAGCGGAACCUACUGUCUGUCUACAUUUUUCGAGAAAUCUCUGCAGGAGGAUGGCGGACCAGAACGAGAAAAUCCUCCAUCGAUUGCUGGCCAUCGAUGGCAACAAUGAGUGUGCGGAUUGUGCGACCAAAAAUCCCGAAUGGGCCUCCUACAACAUCGGCAUCUUCCUUUGUACCCGAUGCUGUGCCGUGCAUCGGAGCAUGGGAGCACACAUUUCCAAGGUGAAACAUCUCAAGCUGGACAAAUGGGAGGACAGUCAGCUGGAGCGGAUGAUCGAAGUGGGCAACAAAGCCUCGAAGCUGAAAUACGAACAGCGGGUACCUGCCUGCUACCGGCGGCCCCGGGAAAACGAUCCACAAACCCUGAUCGAGCAAUGGAUCCGGGCAAAAUACGAUCGGUUAGAGUUUUGCAUGAACGAACGACCGGCCUACACUUCCGGCCACAUGGAAGGUUUUCUGAUGAAACGAGGCAAAGAGGACAGUCGCUACCAGUUGCGCAAGUUUGUGCUUUCGGAGGCGGACGACACUCUGCGCUACUUUGUGAAGGAGAAACGUGAACCAAAGGCUAUCCUAAGAAUAACGGAACUCAAUGUGGUUUACGCUCCUGCCAAGGUCGGCAAUCCAAAUUCGCUGCAAUUGACAUUCAUGAAAGAUGGCACGACCCGGCACAUUUACGUUUAUCAUGACGAUCCGAAGGAGAUCAACAACUGGUACAUGGCUAUCCGUUGUGCUAAGUUGCAUAGGCUACAGAUUGCCUACCCUAGUGCAUCGGAAAGUGAUUUGGUAGAUUUUUUGACACACGAUUUCGCCCGCGAAGGAUGGCUGCUGAAAACCGGUCCCCGUACGACCGAUAGCUACAAACGGCGAUGGUUCACUUUGGAUGAUCGUAAGCUGAUGUACCACGACGAUCCGCUGGAUGCCAACCCGAAGGGUGAAAUCUUUCUCGGGAAUCAGCUUGAUGGAUACAGCCUUCGGAUAGGAGCCCCGGUUGGAGCCAAAGAUCAAGGGUUCAGUUUUACGUUGUUCACCCCGGAGAGAACCUACAAUCUGUCGUCGCAUAGCGAGCAGGAUCGUGACGAGUGGAUGGCAGUCAUCCAGAGGGUGCUCGAAAAGCCACUGACACCGCAGGACAGUUCCAUAUCAGCACGCCUGAUCCGGAAGCGUGGUGGAACCAACUCGAUCAAUAUCUUCACUGGUAGGUAAUAACCUAUUUUUUCUACCUAAUUUAAAACAGACAACUAUCAGUUCGGUGCAUGAUGGAUUCUCGAGAACAGUUACGAUGGGAA